AUGACAUAUAAUGCAAGUACAACGCAAGAUCCCACAUCAACUUUUCGAGAUCCAUUGAUUUUCUAUGAUCCUGAUCUAACAACUGGAAAUACUCAAGCAACAGAUUUUUUUUUGGAUGAGUUAACAUUGCCAUCUCAACAGAGCCACUUACCAUUGACUGAUGUCAACAAUAGUUUUCCCGUUGAUGAUCUCGAUGGCCUGAAUAAUAAUAAUAACAGCAGCAGCACAAAUUUGAUUCAACAACGUGAUCUACCGUUUGAAGAUGAAGAAGAAGGCUUUUUCGAGAAAGAUUUACCCAAGCAUGCUUGCGCCUAUUGUGGUAUUCAUGAUCCAGCAGCAGUUGUAAUGUGCAAUCAGACGAAAAAAUGGUUUUGUAAUGGGCGUGGAAAUACAUCUGGCAGUCAUAUCGUUAAUCAUCUUGUUCGUGCUCGAUGUAAAGAAGUUACUUUACAUAAAGACGGUCCGUUGGGUGAAACACAGUUAGAAUGUUAUAACUGCGGAUGCCGAAAUGCAUUUCUACUGGGUUUUAUUCCAGCAAAAGCAGACAGUGUCGUUGUUUUACUUUGUCGACAACCAUGCGCUAGUCAGAGUGCAUUAAAAGAUAUGAAUUGGGAUCCCAUGCAAUGGCAACCAUUGAUACAAGAUCGAUGCUUCUUGACUUGGUUAGUGAAAAUACCAUCUGAACAGGAACAAUUACGUGCUCGUCAGAUCACAGCACAAAUGAUCAAUCGUUUAGAAGAACUUUGGAAGAACAAUCCCGACGCUACUAUAGCUGAUCUAGAAAAGCCUGGUAUUGAUGAAGAACCACAACAAUGUAGUUUGCGAUACGAAGAUGCUUAUCAAUAUCAGAAUAUCUUUGGUCCAUUGGUGAAAAUGGAAGCAGAUGAUGAUCGAAAAAUCAAAGAAUCACAAACGCAAGAGAACAUCUCCGUACGAUGGGAUAUGGGUUUAAACAAGAAACGUUUAGCUUACUUCUGUCUACCGAAAGCAAAUGAGGAAAUGAGAUUGAUGCCAGGUGAUGAACUACGUUUGAGAUACGUUGGAGAUCCGAUGAGAUCUAAUUGGGGUGGUGUUGGACAUGUGGUCAAAGUUCCAAAUAAUUAUGGAGAAGAAGUUGGAAUUGAAUUGAAAAUAAGUUCUGGUGCGCCCGUUGAACAUAGUACUAAUUUCGUCGUCGAAUUCGUUUGGAAAUCCACAUCAUUUGAUCGAAUGCAAGCCGCGCUAAAAACGUUUGCUGUCGAUGAAAAUAGUGUAUCUGCUUAUUUAUAUCAUCGUCUACUUGGUCACGAAGUCGAAGAUAUAGUCAUGAAAGUAUCCUUACCGAAACGUUUUUCUGCACCAGGUCUACCUGAACUAAAUCAUUCACAAGUCUAUGCUGUUAAAACUGUUCUUCAACGUCCAUUGAGUCUUAUUCAAGGUCCACCCGGAACUGGAAAAACUGUCACAUCAGCGACAAUUGUUUAUCAUUUAGUAAAACAAAAUCAAGGACAAGUACUUGUCUGUGCUCCGAGUAAUAUUGCUGUGGAUCAAUUAACUGAAAAGAUUCAUAAAACUGGUUUGAAAGUCGUGCGUCUAUGUGCGAAAAGUCGUGAAGCUCUGGAUUCACCUGUCUCCUUCCUUGCAUUGCAUAAUCAAGUACGAAAUCUUGAAAGUGAACCAGAAUUGAAGAAAUUACAGCAAUUAAAAGAUGAAACCGGUGAAUUGUCAUCGGCUGAUGAAAAACGUUAUCGAACAUUGAAACGUAAAUGCGAAAGUGAUUUACUUCGCAAUGCAGAUGUUAUUUGUUGUACAUGUGUUGGUUCGGGUGAUCCGCGUUUAUCACACGGAUAUCAAUUUCGUUCAAUACUUAUCGAUGAGUCAACACAAGCGACGGAGCCUGAAUGUAUGGUGCCAGUUGUUCUCGGUGCUAGACAACUUAUUCUAGUCGGUGACCAUUGUCAAUUAGGACCGGUUGUAAUGAGUAAGAAAGCAGCGAAAGCUGGUCUUAGUCAAUCCUUAUUCGAACGUUUGGUUGUACUGGGCAUUCGACCGAUUCGAUUACAAGUACAAUAUCGAAUGCAUCCAGCAUUAUCAGCAUUUCCAUCAAACAUUUUCUAUGAAGGUUCAUUGCAAAAUGGUGUCACAGCUGCUGAACGUGCAAUCAAAGGUUUAGAUUUUCCAUGGAUUCAAUCUGACAAGCCGAUGUUUUUUCAUUGUUCACUUGGCCAAGAGGAAAUUUCUAGUAGUGGCACAUCGUAUCUAAAUCGAACCGAAGCCAAUAUGGUGGAGAAGACCGCUACACGUUUACUCAAAGCUGGCAUUAAACCAGAACAAAUCGGUAUUAUAACACCUUACGAAGGACAACGUGCUUUUAUUGUCCAACAUAUGCAAUAUAGUGGAUCAUUGAAUGAAAAACUCUAUCAAGAAAUCGAGGUGGCGAGUGUCGAUGCAUUUCAAGGACGGGAAAAAGAUUUCAUUAUUCUGUCUUGUGUACGUGCAAAUGAACAUCAAGGUAUUGGGUUCUUAAAUGAUCCGCGUCGACUUAAUGUCGCUUUAACACGAGCAAAAUAUGGCAUUAUUAUCAUCGGUAAUCCAAAAGUGCUUUCACGUCAACCAUUAUGGAAUCAUUUGUUAACCUAUUACAAAGAACAACAUGUACUUGCCGAAGGUCCAUUGAAUAACUUGAAAGAAAGUGCUAUACAGUUUGCCAAACCAAAGAAACUUGUCAAUCCAUCGAAUCCUGGAGGUCGAUUCAUGUCCAAUGCAAUGUUUUCUGCGAAAGAAGCAAUGAUUCCUGGCUCAGUUUAUGAUCGAACAACAACUACGACCGAUAGACGACAAAUGAAUGGACCUAUGUAUGGAAAUACGUUUGCAUCAAAUCUUCGUAUGCAUGAUCCGAUGAGCUAUAUUGAUACCGAAAUGAUGGGUAGCGUGUCACAACCACCAAAUGCGUUGAACUUACCGAUGCCACAUCAAAUGAUAAUGCCAACGAUGCCCAUUUCAUAUAUGAGUGGACCACCACCAUUUAAUCCAAUGAUGAAUGAUCGACAAAUGAAUAAUCAAGCGACAACAACAACUAGAGGAGGCAGAGGAGGAGGAAGAGUGAAAAGUUCAACGAAACCACCGCGUUUUUCAAGAAAUAAUGCUACACAAUCACAGGAUAAUACAAAUUUCACACAAGGUGGAACAAUCAGUCAACCAUAUCCAGUGUCACAAAGCGGAUUUAUGUCACAAAAUGCCUAUGGUCUUUCCCAACAAGACUUUUCGCAACAAGAUAUGUACGAUGUAUAUCAACCAUCACAAAACGAACAUCAUCAAUUGUUAUCGCAAGACUCAACAUAUGCUGAUCCAACGGCUUUCAUUGGCUCUCAAAUAUCAAGUAAUACUAGUAUUAAUCCAACUAACAAAAGCAAUCAUUCACAUUUUUGA